AUGGUAAUGAUAAUAAAUGAUAGUUUGAAAAUAAUUAAGGAUGUUGUCGUGCCGGAGAUGACAAGGAAAUGGAUUGGGAGUGGCAAUUGUGAAUUUUCUAGGGUUGGAGAUGAUUGGGUGGAUGAUGGAUUUAAGGAUUUAAGAAUUUGGAGAUUUGGAUUUCCAAUUAAAGAGAAAGGGAGAUUAGGUGCCGGCUGCAUUUCCUAUCAUCCACCGCCGUUGAUCGAGGAGAACGCCUUCGAAAAAUCUCGUCGUUUUCUGAUCGAUGUGAGCUCUCUUUAUUACAAAAACAAACCUAUUACGCAGCAGCAAUUUGUGGCCUGCGGUUAUUCUAUCAUCAAACCUCCUGAUUUCGAAAUGAAAGAAAUUCAAUUGAAAAAGCGGAGAUAUAUUCAUGCCUCAGGAAGUUGCAAUGCUAAGGAACGGAAUUAUUACGAAAUCCUUGGUGUUUCUGAAAAUGCUAGCAGAGAAGAUAUUAAGAAGGCUUUUCAUCUGCUUGCAAAGAAGUACCAUCCAGAUGCAAAUACAAACAGUCCUACAGCAAAAAGGAAAUUUCAAGAGAUUAGAGAAGCCUACGAGACGCUGCAAGAUUCUGAGAAGAGGGCUCAAUAUGAUAUGAUGCAUAAUGGAGGUUUCAAUUAUGGUGCUGCUCGUGCAGAGGGGUUUGGAUAUGGUGCUGAUGAUGCAGCUGGAUUUAGAUACAGUGCUGGUAAUGCAGGGGGAUUUAGAUAUGCCUAUCGAACUGAUUUCUCUAAUUCAUUCCGUAAAAUAUUCUCUGAGAUCUUUGAAGACGAGACCAAUCAUUUUGCAUCCGAUAUUCAGUUGGAGCUAGUUCUCUCUUUUUCUGAAGCUGCUAGAGGAUGCACAAAGCAUGUGACUUUUGAUGCAUAUGUUCCGUGUGAUUCUUGUGAUAGGCGUGGCUAUCCAGCAAAUGCCAAAGCAAGCGUUUGUCCUUAUUGCAGAGGAGUAGGGAAAGUAAGUGUUCUGAGGAUCUACUCUGAUUAUGAUUAUUACACCCAGGUUACAAUUCCUCCAUUUACAUCAACUUGCAGCCGUUGUAGAGGAUGGGGCCGUAUAAUUAAGGAACAAUGUAUGUCAUGUAAAGGAUCGGGGGUGGUUAAAGGCAUUAAGGAAGUUAAAGUCACAAUACCAGAAGGUGUGGAUUCUGGAGAUACGAUCCGUGUGCCAGAAGCUGGUAAUACAGGGGGACAAGGAAGUCAAUCUGGCAACUUAUUCAUUAAUCUAAAGGUUGCUGAUGAUCCUGUCUUUGCUAGAGAUGGUGCAGAUAUUUAUGUGGAUGCUAAUAUUAGUUUUACUCAAGCAAUUCUUGGUGGUAAGGUUGAAGUACCAACAUUGUCAGGGAAGAUGCAAGUAAAUAUACCAAAGGGAGUUCAGCCAGGUCAACUUGUGGUACUAAGAGGCAAAGGUCUUACAAAGCAUGGUUUUUUUGUAGAUCAUGGAGAUCAAUAUGUGCGGUUUCGCAUUAACUUCCCCACUGCAAUUAAUGAGCGCCAACAUGCUAUUUUGGAAGAAUUUGCCAAGGAAGAUAUAAAUAAUGAAAAUGGCACUUUCAUUGAAGGAAAUUGGGAUAAGGGGUGGAUUUCACUCUAG